UGUGAAGGCAAGGGUAACGCGGGGCAGGGAUGGGUUGCCUGAUCUCUAAGGAAACACCGACUAACGCCCCGGCGGGGCGCGGGCCGAGCGCGCUCGAUGUGGCGCAGCUGAAGAGCUAUCGGGACCUCUUCAACCGCCUCGACAAGAACAAAGAUGGGAAACUCACAGCGCGUGAGCUGCAGGAGGGCGCGCUGCGGGAGCUGGAGUUCGAGGCGACCGCGAAGGAGUGCAAGGUAUUGGUCGACGAGGUCACGAGCACCGGUGAGGUGGAGUUUUCGGAGUUUCUGACCGUGAUGUGCACGGGGGUGGGCCCGGCAGAGGAAGUCCUGCUGAGGCGGUUCAACUCAGUGCGCAACAAGUUGAAAUACCACUCCGCAGAUUUGGUGGCUGUCGCGGGAUAGCGCCCCGUGUGUGGAGUGGGUUUAAUGGGGUCUCGCCGCGAGGAAGCGUCGGACACCCACAGCAUACAUAGACUAGCUACCAUUCGUAUAUGUUUAUCCAAGCGAGUAGAGUACAC